AUGAAUGAGAUGCUGCUGCUGGAGGUGUCGAGCCAGCUGCCGUUGGACGCCCUGAACGCGAGCCUCGACAGUAGCGACGUCGUGAGUAACUUGACUCAAAUCGAGGACGACAAGCCCGUUAGGUACUACAACCUGUGGCAAACGGUCUUCAUCGUCAUCAUCUCGAUCGUAUUGAGCUUCGUGACGGUGGUCGGCAACCUCAUGGUCAUGGUCAGCUUCAAAAUCGACAAACAAUUGCAGACCAUAUCGAAUUAUUAUUUGUUCAGUUUGGCGGUGGCCGACAUUGCCAUAGGGGCCAUAUCGAUGCCGUUGUUCACGAUUUACACGGUUAUGGGUUAUUGGCCCCUCGGCUCGUUGGUCUGCGACACUUGGUUGGCCCUUGAUUACUUGGCCAGCAACGCCUCGGUCCUCAAUUUGCUCAUCAUCAGCUUCGACCGGUACUUCUCGGUCACCAAACCGCUCACUUACAGGGCCAAGAGGACCACCGGUAGGGCCGGAUUCAUGAUCGGGGCGGCAUGGGGCGUUUCGCUGCUACUGUGGCCACCGUGGAUCUACGCGUGGCCGUACAUCGAGGGCCAGCGCACUGUACCCGAGCGCGCGUGCUACAUCCAAUUCAUCGAGACAAAUCACUACAUCACCUUUGGCACGGCGAUAGCCGCGUUUUACGUGCCUGUAUCGAUAAUGGCCUUUCUGUACUGGCGCAUCUGGGGCGAGACGAAAAAACGCCAAAAGGACCUGCCGAACUUGCAAGCCGCCGAACACGGCGGCAGCAAGCCCGACGCGAGCAAGCGCAGCAACUCGAGUGACGACGCGCUCGAUGGUAUGGAGGACGGCAAGAGGCCGCGCAGCGAGUCGAGCACCGGACCAAACGACGAGGUCAACUCCUACGUCGACAGCAGUUACCCGCAGCACAGGAAGCACGCACCGCUGUCGUGGACGUGGCUGAAGCAAUGGUGCGUGGCCUGGUGGCACAGCGGCCGCGAGGACGAGGACGAGGAGGAGGACGAGGACGAAGUCGGGGGGCCGGAGAGUAGCCGGACGGGGGCCGUGUACGACGAGACGUUGACGCCGAUAUCGAUGGAGACGCACGUGCCGAGCUACAUAUCGCGCAUAGACUCGUUUCCCCAGUCCGACAGUUUGACUUUUGGUAGCUGUCGGCCCUCGAUGUUGGACCAGGAGACGGUGGACUACGUGAAUGUCAGGCCCAGCAACAGUAGGGUGCAGACGCCCGGGACCACCAGCUCGGCCAGUUUCUCCAGCAGGAACAUUCCUAACGACACGGUGUACACGAUAGUGAUAAAGCUGCCGAGCGCACCGGGGCGCGUCGGCAGCAGGGAGAGCCAGGCCCUGAGCAGGUACAGCUCGGCCUCGGAGUCGACCCAAGCCAGCAUAAAGAUGUACGCCGAGGACAUGAUAAGCUACGUGCCGAGCCGUUACGACGAGACGGGCAGCACCGGGCCCGUCCAGGAGACCUCCAUGUCGAUAAGCUACGUGCACGACGACCGGCCGCGCCGGCUAUCCCAGAUGCACCACCACGACGCCCGCAUGCCCCUCAACGCGAAGAGCAUCGCCAAGCCGUCAAAGCCGGUGGCCAAGCAACAGGUCAAGAAGAAGAAAAAGUCCCAGGAGAAGAAGGCCGACAGAAAGGCCGCGAAAACCCUGUCGGCCAUCCUCUUGGCGUUCAUCAUCACCUGGACACCCUACAACAUCCUCGUCCUCGUCAAACCAUUGACAACCUGCACUGGCUGCAUACCCCAGGAGUUGUGGGACUUUUUUUAUUACCUGUGCUACAUCAACAGCACCGUCAAUCCGGUCUGUUACGCCUUGUGCAACGCCACCUUUCGACGCACCUACAUGCGCAUACUCACCUGCACCUGGAACAAGAGGCAGAGGACCGGGGUCAAUCGGGCCUUCUGAGAGACUUUGCUUGUGCGCGCUUGUGUAUACGGUCACACCUACCUAACUUACGGUGUAUGGCCAUCUUCUUCUUCUUCUUUUUUUUCUCUCGUCGUAUCCCUCGCCCGGUGUACGGGUAUGUCACCCCGAUUACCCACGUGCAGUGCAACACCGACGCUUUUUUCUAUACCUUUCGUCCGAUACCCCCAACUCCC